UAAUGAGGCUCGGGCAGUUUUGCAUAUCGCGUUCAAGCCAAUCAGCGGGAUCUCUGGCGCUCUUAGCAGCCGCGAGUGAUUCGGUGCACCUCACGAGAGAAGGGCAGUCAUAAUUUAGGGGAGUAGCCAAUGGUAACACCAUUCUACAGAUGUUUGUAUCACAACUCGUGUGCUGUCAUACAAGCAAGGCUGAACGGGGAGCUGGAGGACGGCGUGAUUGCAAUGCGUUAACCUGAUAACAUCAAUCAGUUUUCAGAUCUGUUCUUUUUUUGGCACCAGAGGGGGAUUACGUCGCCGUGGUCAUCGUUUUGUGGGAACUUUGCUCAUUAUUAUUUUUUGUUUUGUUUUCUCUAAACUUGUGUUGGCUCCGAUUUACGAGGAAAUGGCAAAGCCAGCGACUGCGAGGGGAACAAGACUGGGAAAGGACGUAGGAAAUCGCUGCUAAAUGACACAGGAUGCGUGAGACUUGAAACACAUUACACGAAAUUUUUCGCGGUUGAAACAUUUCGAGGGUUAUUUGCUUUGUAUCACCUGAGCGGACGAGUUCUCCGAGGAGAGUGUUUUUUCUGGUUUCUGGUUUUAUUUUCCCCCCCUACAACUCAAGGAUGCAUUGCGGAUUAGCGCUGUUUAUUUUAACCGAAAUCGUCAUUGCCCAAGCUCUCAGUGAAAAAUGUGGAGGUAACAUCCUAAUUUCAAAUCCUAAUUAUCUCACGUCACCUGGAUAUCCAACGGUAUAUUACCCGUCUCAGAAGUGCGUCUGGGUCAUACAGGCUCCGGAAACUAACCAGAGAAUUUUAAUCAACUUCAACCCUCAUUUUGAUCUUGAGAACAGAGACUGCAAGUACGACUACGUGGAGGUGCGGGAUGGGGGGGAUGAGACGGACACGCUGGUGGGGAAGUUCUGCGGGAAGAUCGCUCCUUCCCCCAUCAUCUCCUCCACUAACCAGCUCUACAUCAAGUUUGUGUCUGACUACGAGACACACGGAGCUGGCUUCUCCAUCCGCUACGAGGUCUUCAAAAAGGGGCUGGAGUGCUCCAGGAACUUCACCUCCACCAGCGGGGUCAUCAGGUCCCCCGGUUACCCAGAGAAGUACCCCCACAACCUGGACUGCGUCUUCAUGGUCUUCGCCCCCGACAUGUCCGAGAUCGUGCUGGAGUUCCAGAACUUCAACCUGGAGCCCGACACCACCCCACCCAACGGGGCCAUCUGCCGCUACGACUGGCUGGAGGUCUGGGACGGCUUCCCCGGAGUUGGUCCACACAUCGGUCGCUACUGUGGGCAGACAUCACCCGGUCGGGUGGUGGCCCACACUGGCAUCCUAUCCAUAACGAUCAACACCGACAGCGCCAUCGCCAAGGAGGGCUUCUCCGCCAACUUCACUGUCAUCGAGAGACCGACGCCGGCAGAUUUUCAGUGCCGGGAGGCCAUGGGGAUGGAGUCGGGGGUGAUCCCCUCAGAACACAUCACCUCCUCCUCCCAGUACAACAGCAACUGGUCCCCCGAGCGCGCCAGACUCAACUACCCGGAGAAUGGCUGGACCCCCUCAGAGGACUCCAGCAAGGAGUGGAUACAGGUGGACCUUGGUUUCCUUCGCAAUGUUGUGGCGAUUGGAACUCAGGGAGCGGUCUCCAUGGAAACUAAGAGGGCUUACUAUGUGACGUCAUAUAAAGUGGACGUGAGCUCCAAUGGGGAGGACUGGAUCCCACUGAAGGAUGGCUCCAAGCAGAAGAUUUUCCAGGGGAACACCAACCCCACGGAUGUGGUGAUCCGGGACCUGCCGAAGCACACUCUGACCCGCUUCCUCCGGAUCCGGCCCGUUUCCUGGGAAACCGGUGUCUCCAUGCGCUUCGAGGUGUACGGCUGCAAGAUCUCAGACUUCCAGUGUUCGGGAAUGCUGGGAAUGGUGUCGGGGCUGAUCCUGGACUCCCAGAUCACGGUGUCCUCGCAGUCGGAGCGCGGCUGGCUGGCGGAGAACGCGCGGCUCCUGACCAGCCGGACUGGGUGGACCCAGCUGCAGCCACGCCCAGUGCCGGUGAGGAACGAGUGGCUGCAGGUGGACCUGGGUGAGGAGAAGCUGGUGAGCGGACUGAUCCUGCAGGGCGGGAAGCACCGCGAAAACCGCCUCUUCAUCAGAAAGUUCCGCCUGGGCUACAGCAACAACGGCCUCAACUGGACCAACGUCCCUGACUCCAGCGGCUCCAAGCCCAGGCUUUUCGAGGGGAACCAGAACUAUGACACACCAGAGAUGAGAACCUUCGCACCCCUGCUGACGCGCUUCCUGAGGGUGUACCCCGAAAGGACGACCCCCGCCGGACUGGGGCUGCGCCUGGAGCUGCUCGGCUGCGAGCUGCAGGAUGCUCUGACCACCACCGCCCCGGAGACUAUGCCCCCUGACGCCAUCACCCCCCUCCCAUGGGAGUGUGACCCAGACCAGGCUGACUGUACCAAGGACCAAGACACCAUGACAGCAGGUGUCACCACCAUGGCCGAUCCCACAACACUGGAGGUGGAAAUCGUCCCAGACUACCUCUGGUUUGCCUGUGACUUUGGCUGGGCCAACAAGCCAUCUCUGUGUGGCUGGACCUCGGAGAGAAACGUCAGUGCCCUCUGGCACGUCCAGUCCAGCGGGACACCCACCGUCAACACCAGACCUAGCAUGGACCACUCAGGCGGAUCAGGGAACUACAUGUACAUGCCAGCCCUGCAGGACGGAGGGGAGAGAGAGGUAGCUCGGCUGGUCAGCCCUGCGGUCAGCGGGCCAGGCUCGGACCUCUGUGUGUCCUUCUGGUACCACAUGUUCGGUUCGCACGUGGGGGCGCUGCGGGUCAAGCAGAGGAAGGACCUGGAGGACGGCCGGGUCGACACCCUGCUGUGGACCGUCAGUGGACACCAGGGCAGCCGCUGGAGAGAGGCCCGCGUGCUGGUGCCUUACUCCACCACACCGUACCAGGUGGUGAUCGAGGGGGUGAUGGAGUCGAAGAGCAUGGGCAAUAUCGCUGUGGAUGACAUCAAGAUCCUGGAUGGCCUCGACAUGACUGACUGCAAGGAUCCAGAUGCCCCCACUGAGGAAACUCAGCCUGAACCAGAGGACAGCACAAUCUUGGUGGACUACACAGGCAGUGUGGAGAGCAGCAUGGAGAACAGCGAGAUGAGCAGCGUGGAGAACAGCGAGAUGAGCAGCACGGGGAACAUGCUGAAGACGCUGGACCCCAUCCUCAUCACCAUCAUCGCCAUGAGCGCCCUGGGGGUGUUUCUGGGGGCCAUCUGCGGGGUCGUCCUGUAUUGCGCCUGCUCACAAAACACCAUGGCGGACAGGAACCUGUCCGCGCUGGAGAACUAUAACUUUGAGCUGGUGGACGGGGUCAAACUGAAGAAAGGCAAGCUGAACUCCUACUCUGAGGCGUGAGAGGAGAAGGAAGGAGGGAGGGAGGGAGGGAGGGAGGGAGGGAGGAGAGGGAGGGGUGAACAGCACCGUCAGGAGAUGAUCACAAAAUGACAGGAGGUAGUGACUGAGCCAUGAUUUUCUCAGGAGCUGCAGUAACAGAAACCUGCCAAUAGGGGACACUGUGUAUAAAAUUUUAAAAAACAUGUACAGUAAGAUGAUUAUUUUACUUUUUUUUUUUCUUCUUAUUUCUGUUUUUGUUAUUUUUUUGUUUUUUGUUUUUUUCAUGUCAAUAAUCAGAUGCUGGUGUUGAGACCAAUCAAGAAAAUGUUUAUUUAUCUUUUUUUUUGUCUGGAAGGAAAAUCUUUUAUUUUUAAAAAUAUUUUAAAAUUUUUAUUUUGUUGAAAAAGGAAUUGUAAACCCACCUGUUCCCCAAAUGAACCAUACUGCCAGACAUGCAGCAUGGCUCCCCUUGCUGGACAUGCAGUGUGUGUUCGUCCUGCACAGUGUUUGUAAUCAGAGCGUAUGAACAUGGCCAGAAGGGGGCGCUGUGUCUGCGUGUGAACAGCGUAUGGUUCUGAUAGUGCCUUUACUGCAUUUUUGUUGGCUUUUCCAUUCAUUUCCCCUGUUUUGUUUUUACUUCCCUUUAGUCCUGAACCCACAGGAGAGAUCUGGUAUUGGUCAACUAAAAAUAGGACUCUUGCGUCUCAUCCCUUCGAGUCAGGGAUCACAUGAUGUACAUAAGUUUUAAUAUAUUUGAAAUCCCUUUUUUUAUUUUAAAGGCACCUGCAGUGUCCUGUUUUGACGGCACGGUUGUUGCGUGUUCAGAAUGAUUUCGCCUAUCCCCCCCUCCCCCAGGCUCUUUGGCAGGAAACAGUCUAUGAGGCUGUCACUGCUACCAAUCAGAGCAAGGGAUUCGAGGGCGUGUCUCCAAGUUGACCAAUUAAUGGGCGCCCAUGUGACUGCCAUUCAGGAAUACCCUGACUGGUGACUGCAGAUACCAUGAGAAUGGUGUGACUCCCUUUUCUAUGUCUUACAUUCCAUGGUUUAGGUUGCAUUACUGUGUGUGUGUGUGUGUAUGCGUAUGAGCGUGUGCAUGUGUGUGUGUGUGUGUGUAUGUGUAUGUGUGUGUGCGCAUGUUUGUGCUUGUGUAUGUAUGUGUGUGUGCGUGUGCAUGUGUGUGUGCCUGUGUGUGUGCCUGUGCGUAUGCCUGUGUGUGUGUGUGUGUGUGUGUGUGUGUGCGAGCGUGCGCGCGCAUGUGUGCUUGUGUAUGUGUGUGUGUCCUCAUCCACUGUAACUGGCUGUGCUGAAUCUGGAGCUGUAGUAUUUCAUGUUACUGUGUAUCCCUGAGUCUGUGUGUGCAUCCGGACCAGGCACUCCAGGCUACUGAGGGCCGCAGGAUCUGCUGCUUUUUACUGUUUCAGCUGAAUUCAACUGAUUGGCUCAAAAAAGAUCACAUACCUUGUUUCCAAGACCUUUAUUGGCUGCUCAUUAACAGGAAACUACAAAAGCUGGCCCUCCAGGAGCAUAACGAGCUGUCAGUCACCAGUGUGUUUGACCAAUCGAAAGGAGGUGUUACUCCCCACAUUUAACAUUUAAAGACUGAGCUCCCUGUCCUGGACUGUGAAAGAUGUGCAUCAGACUGUUUUAGGCUUCUGAACUCCACGGAACACCACGAGGAACCCGCCUAUCAGGAGUCGCCUCUCCAAAGACCCAGUGACCAGGUCCUGCUAACCCUGUCCUGUGUGGCCUCAGCUGGGGGAUCGACCCGUUCCUCUACCCUGGAUGGGGCUGGGGGUUCGACCCGUUCCUCUACCCUGGAGGGGCUGGGGGUUCGACCCGUUCCUCUACCCUGGAGGGGCUGUGUGUUUGUUUUUGUGUGAGAAAGGGAAUCAGAGGGACUCGCGAGUUUGUGUUUUUAUUCACUGUACUGUUACGCAGGAUGCUCUGAGUAUGAGCCCAAACAGCGCAUCUGACUUCCUGAGUGGACUUCCCCCACUUCCUGUCCCACCCAACAGGACAAUGCCAGAGCCUGUGGCUGGCUGGAUUCGUCCUGCCGCGUGGUUGGCUGUCGCGGUUUUAUCCUGCCGUGUGAUUGGCUGUCCAGUUCCUUUACCUUUGACUGGAUUCCCAGUCACUGUAAUGUGAUGGAAGUGCCGCAUGGACAGGCUUGCAGAAACAGGCGAGAGGAGGACAGGAGCUGAAACCUGCAUGAGUGACACACACAGGAGACCCAAAAACAUCCCCGUGAAGCAGGAUCUCUGUGCUGCUCAGAGAAACGCCUGUUCCUUUAUACUGUCAUACAUUACAUCAUUAGAUGCCAGGAAAUCAUGCUUCAUUAUAGCAUACUAAUUUUUAAUGAUACUCCCAAUGGUGGUCUGUAAUUGUAUAUAAUCAAUGACAUACAUUGAUAGGAAGACCCUGAAUGUUUUUAGCCUGUUCAUUUUGGGGAAAAGGACACUGUAGUGUGAAAUUUAAAAAACGAUGUUGCACUGAAGGAUAUAUUUAAUAAAAAAAUUAUUUGUGUUUAUAUUCAUUUGUAAAACAAAAAAACAGUGUUACAGAUCUUUCUUUUCAUAUGGUUUCAGGUUCCUUGAUAUAAUUUUGAAAUGUACAAUGUUUUCAUUAUUGAAAAGGUAUAUAAAUUUCCUAUCGUAAUGUUGCCAUUUAGCUAACUGGUAUGUUAUCACAUCAUUUUGUAUUGUCAUGAAACUUUUGUCCAGAUUUGUUUUUACAACAAAAAAAAAGGUUUUAUUUUAAAUACUGCUUCUGUAAUUUGCUGUUGUAUGAAAGGUUUAAAAAAACAGCAAGGCCUUAAAAAUGUUUUAAAAUGUUUGUAUUUCUGACAUACUGUCAGCCUCAUUUCCCUGUACCUGCUCUUGUCUGAUCCAUGACUACUACAUUCCAAAGAAUCAGAUUAAAUAAAUGUUUUAUAAAGAA